AUGGACCAACAGCCAGGUCCCAAGACCCAACCGCGGGCCUCAAUUUCAAGGAAUAUUCGCAGUGAACCGUCGGAUGAGGCUGUGGACGUACUGGCAAAGAGCGUCCAGCUGGGCGCUGCUGCAGGUACAAGGAAACUAGCCAUAGGGAGGUAUGGUCCUGAAUACAACGUCACACCGGCCCAGAAGGUCGGUGCAAGUGCAAUGGCCGGCGCUGCCUCCGUCGUUCCCGUGGGUCUACUGCUGCGCGGGCCCAGGAGUAUCCUUCCGGGCGCCAUCGUCUUCUCCCUGCUCGGAGCCGGUGGUCAACUUGCAUCAAACGUUUGGUCUAGGUCCGACCCCUCUACAAAGAAGACGAGCAGCUGGUUCACUUCGAAAUGGAGCCCGAUGACCAAACUUUCGGAUGAGCAAUACAAGGAGAUGCUUGAGGAGAGAAUCCUCAGACUCGAGGCGGAUUUGGCCAUCCUCGACGAGAAUCGAGCUGCCCUCGUAGCGGAGCAGGAAUCAAGGGCCAAAGCUGAAGAGGUUUCGCGCAAUGGAGGUUGA